AUGAAUCAAUAUAAAGUAGUGGGAGAUUAUCAAAUAUUUUUAAAUCAGAAACUGGGUACUGGUGCUAUGGGCGAAGUAUAUGUAGGGGAAAGGAAAUCAGAUAAACUCAGAGUGGCGGUGAAGGUAAUAUCAAAGUCAUACAUCAACUCAAGGGAUAAAUAUAAUAAGGAAUUGAUUAAAAAAAGAAUUAAGAGAGAAAUAGCCAUACAAUAAGGUCUUAAACAUCCAAAUAUCAUAUAACUGUAUUGUGUUUAGGAAACUAACAAUUCAAUUUAUCUGUUCAUGGAGCUGGCAAAUAGCACUUUAGAUCAAUAUUAUACUAAUAAGAUAAUUAAUGACGAUGAAGAAAUGAAAAACCUUAUCAGACAAGUUGUCAAUGCUUUCUUGUAUAUGUCUGAAUUAGAAGUCAUUAAUCAAUUUCAAAACGAGAAGGUAUAUAAGGGAGUAUGCCAUUUGGACUUGAAACCUUAAAAUGUUUUAAUCGUUGGAGAUAGUAUCAAAAUUUCAGAUUUUGGUUUAUCCACUGCCCUGAGACCCUAUGAGAGUUAAGAAAUGAUCGAAUUUUCAGAGCAAUUUGACAAUGUACCCUCUAAUAUAGAUUAUUUAGGAUAAGGCAGUCUCCUUUAUAUGGCUAUAGAAUAAUUAAGCUCUCAGUAAACAGAAAGCCUAGAAAUUCUUGAUGUUUGGAGUGCUGGAGUAAUAUUUUAUGAACUUGCCUUUGGUUAACAUCCAUAUAAUAAUCCUUAAUCAAAUGUCAAAAGUCCCAUAGAUAUUCUAUCUCUGUUGAAUGCUUAAGAAAUCAGCUAUCCAAAGUCGAAAUUUAAUGAUUAAUUUUAUGAUUUGUUGAGAGGAAUGCUCAAUAAAAAUCAUAAGGAAAGAUUGAAUUGGAAAUAGUGUAAAGAGCAUCCAUUUCUAUAAUGA